GCUGUCACCUCAGUUUCCAUACUGAAUCCCCCAACAUACAAAAACCACACACCCCCUUUCUUCACUUUGUCAAACACAUUAAAAUCACAACUUCAACUCUUUCUCUCCCACCCACCCACCUUAUUCAUUUUCAAUUUUCAUUAACUCGAUCAUCUUCUAUGGAUCCGUGCUCAUUCUUACGGAUCCUAAUCGGAAACCUUGCAAUUAAAUCACCAUCAUCAUCAAAACCAUCAUUCUCCGGCAAAGUUCAUCCUUCAAGCUCCACAUGCUACUGCGAAAUCAAACUCAAAGGCGUUGAUUCUCCUCCACCUUUCCACGUUGCAACAGUUCCUCUAAUAUCUGAAUCAGAAACACACCCUCACUCUCUCGCUGCUACCUUUGAUUUCCCAAAAUCACAAAUCUCUAACUUUAAAAACCCUCUCAUCAAAAUCUCCGUUUUCAAAACGAACACAAACCCUUCAUGCGUUUUCAACACUGCAAAACUCGUAGGUCAAAUUUCAAUACCCCUUGAUCUAACGUUAGUUGAAUCACGACCUUGUUCUUUUCACAACGGUUGGACCGCUCUCACUCUCAACAACACCGGUAAAUCUUCGGUUCAAGGUCAAUUAUUGCAUUUAACUGUCCGGGCUGAACCGGACCCAAGAUUUAUUUUCCGGUUCGAUGGUGAACCUGAAUGUAGUCCGCAGGUUUUCCAAGUCAAAGGAGAAGUAAAACAACCGGUUUUCACAUGCAAAUUCAGUUUCAGAGACAAAAACCCUUCAAACCCGGUUCAGUUUCCUUCAAUGGAUCGAAAAGGUUGGUCAAUUACUAUACAUGAUUUAUCCGGUUCACCGGUUGCGUGUGCUUCAAUGGUUACACCUUUCGUUCCUUCACCCGGUUCACAACGGGUCAGCAAAUCAAACCCAGGUGCUUGGUUAAUUAUCAAACCCGACGGCGAUGGUACUUGGAAGCCAUGGGGUCGACUCGAAGCUUGGCGUGAACCCGGUUACUCAAACUCCGUCGGCUACCGGUUCGACGUUCUUCCGGCCACCGCCGAUCCAGUCACACUCGCCGGUUGCAGUAUCAGUUCACAGAAUGGUGGUAAAUUUACAAUUGAUGUUACUUCAGGUGUUACUCCGGUGAAUACUCCAAAUGGAAGCUGGGAUUUAGGAUCCGGUUCAGGAUCAAGACCCGGAUCUGGUUCCGGUUCAGAUUUUUCAUUGGAGAAUCAAUUUUUGUAUAGCGGUUUUGUGAUGUCGGCGAGAUUUGACGGUGAAAAGAAGUGUAGUAAACCGGAGGUGGAAGUUGGUGUGAAGCACGUGACAUGCACGGAAGAUGCUGCAGCUUUUGUUGCUCUUGCAGCUGCUAUGGAUUUGAGUAUGGAUGCGUGCAAAUUGUUUUCUCAGAAAUUACGAAAAGAGUUGCGGCAGUAAAUUCGGGUCUAUGUCGUUUUGUGUUGAUUCAUUUGUCGUUUCGGUUGUUAUUCUUGACCGUAACUUGAGGAUUUUUUUUCACUGACCUUUCUUUUUACUAGGUUAUUUUUGAGUUAAAAAUGUACAGAUGAGGAUUAUUUGUCAGAUUAGUUUUUGAGUUUUUAUUUUUUAUGGAUGAAUUAAAUAUGAAGUUUUGGUUGGAUUUAUAUUUUGCUUACA